AUGUUACGAAGAGAAACAGUCACAAUCAAACCACAAAGAAAAGCAGUCACACCAUCGCCCAUAACAGAGAGAAACAGUCACAAUCAAAGAAGAAAGAAAAGCAGUCACAUCAUCGCCCAUAACAGAGAGAAACAGUCACACACUAUCAAGAUCACAGAGAGAAACACUCACACACCAUCAAUCGUCACAGAAGAGAAACAGUCACACACCACCAACAUCACAAAGAAAACUGUCAUACACCAUCAGCAUCACAAAGAGAAACAGUCACACACCAUCAACAUCACACAUCAACCACCAUCACAGAUAGAAAUAAACACACAUCAUCAACCAUCACAAAGAAAAAAACAUUCGCACGCCAUCCUACUAUCACAAAGAGAAACAGUCACACACCAUCAUCUAUCACAAACAGAAACAAUCACACACCAUCAACAUUACAGAGAGAAAAAAACAUUCACACGCCAUCAGCUAUCACAAAGAGAAACAGUCACACACCAUCAUCUAUCACAAACAGAAACAAUCACACGCUCAAUCAACAUCACAAAGAGAAACAGCUUCCCUCCAUCAACUCAUAAAGAGAAACAGUCACGCUCCGUCAACAUCACAAAUAGAAACAGUCACGCUCCAUCAACAUCACAAAGAAAAAGCGUCACAAUCUAUCGACAUCACAAACUCCAUCAACAUCACAAAGAGAAACAAGAGAAAAAAAAAACAUUCACACGCCAUCAGCUAUCACAAAGAGAAACAGUCACACACCAUCAUCUAUCACAAACAGAAACAAUCACACGCUCAGUCAACAUCACAAAGAGAAACAGCUUCCCUCCAUCAACUCAUAAAGAGAAACAGUCACGCUCCGUCAACAUCACAAAUAGAAACAUCACGCUCCAUCAACAUCACAAAGAAAAAGCGUCACAAUCUAUCGACAUCACAAACUCCAUGAACAUCACAAAGAGAAACAGUCACACUCCAGCAACAUCACAAAAAGAAACAAUCACACUCCAUCAACAUCACAGAGAGAGAGAGAGAGAGAGAGAGUCACGCUACACCACAAAGAGGUACAAUCACACAUCCUUAAACGUCACAGACAGAAACAGUCACAGACCUAAAACUUCCCAGAGAGCAACUUUACACUCCAUAAACAAUCAUAUACAGAACGGUUACACUUCAUCAACCAACAUAGAGAAUAACAGAAACAAUUCAGGAAGGGUUUUAGUAUAUUGA